AUGGCCCCGGCGUCCUCAAGCACGGCAGGUCGGUCGCCGUCGACCUCAACCUCUCGAGCAGACAAGACCAGAAAGCAGGAGAAGAUAGUCACACUCAAGUUAUCAGCCAAGAUCCUGCGUCGAUUCGAGGAUCCUUCAGCCAGAUCAGAACAACAAUCAUCACCAUCAACCGCUUCGUCCCCUGCUCCUCUGGUCGAAGAUGCUUCUACCUUGAAGGUACCAGAGCUCAUUGACAAUGCUUCAGAGUCGAACUCGACGCCUGCAGCAACUCCUUCCGACCUAGCCGCUACAGAUGGGCCAAAAAAGAAGAAAGGCGCUUCAACAGGAUCCAAGAGAAGUCUGGCACAAAUGAUAGAUUCUGGUGGACUACCAAAGCCACGCGGAAAGCCCGGUCCUAAGAAGAAACCAAGACUGGAGGACGGUACCAUUGAUCACACCGCCAUGAAAGGUGCAGUCACUACAGCCACGGCCCUCGGUGGUCACAAGUUAGGACCCAAAGCAAAUCAAGGCGCUAUCAACGCAGGCCUUCGUGCUCUGGACAGAUCAGGCAAGCCCUGCCGCAAGUGGGCCAAGAAGCCGUUCUCGUUGAAGAGCUUCACUGGUGUUGUUUGGGAAGUUCCCUCGUGGAAGGGCAACGAGCGACUGGCACUGCUGAACGGCGAAGAAUCAAGUGACACUAAAGACAUCUCGCAGUUGAGUAGCAGCGACAUCAAAUUAAAUGAGAGCGACACCGCCAUGGAUAGCAAUGCUGGUGACCAGACCGACGCGAUAGCCAUGUCCACACCCGCACCAAGUUCUCCAGCUCCCAUGCCACAAUCGUCGGCCAUCGCAGCGCAAGGCUAG